AUGGCUGAUACAGAGGCGGUGCCGCAGCCGCAGCCUCAGCAGCAAUCGGAGCAACCGCCUCAACCUGCUAAAGCGACUAAACAAAAGCAGGUCGUCGCUGAAAAAGUAUCCGGCACUGUAAAAUGGUUCAAUGUGAAAAGUGGAUAUGGUUUUAUUAACAGGAAUGACACCAAGGAAGAUGUGUUCGUGCACCAGACUGCGAUUGCUCGAAACAACCCACGUAAGGCUGUGCGCUCGGUAGGCGACGGCGAGACGGUGGAGUUCGCCGUGGUGGUCGGCGAAAAGGGGUAUGAGGCAGCCGCCGUGACCGGACCUGGCGGCGAGCCAGUCAAGGGCUCGCCAUACGCCGCUGACAAGCGCCGUGGCUUCCCUCGUCAGUACUACCCGCGCGGAGGAUGGCGCGACGGCGAGCCUCGCCGUGGUGGCCCACCACGCCGUGGCCCGCCACCACCGCACGCUGCGGUUGCUGGUGCUGCACCCAAUGAAGAGGGGGAAGCCCCGCAACAACGCAGCUACUUCCGCCGUAACUUCCGUGGUGGUCGUCGCGGUGGUGGCCCGCGUCCCGUGUACCGCGGUGGGUACCGUUACGUACGUCAACGCAACCCACAGGCGGGCGCGCAGGGAGGCCCGCGUAGCGCUGCGCUCGAAGGCGAUGCGCCCGCCGCCUCCACGACUCAGCCCAAGCCCAAGGCUAAGGCGGGCGCUACCAUCGAGGCCACCACCAAUGAGAGCCAGGCCUAA